UAAAGACAUCAUCCUGCUGGGUUUGCGGAAAGAAAAUUGUCGUAUUCGACGAAGUCAACGUUUGGCCAACAAUUAACUAAUUAUCAAGGACUGAAGGGCAAGUCAGUCAAGAUCGUCAUUUGGACACGGUGAUUUCAACAAUGGGUUGGCAUGGAUACAGAUGGUCGUGAUCCCAUUACAGAAAAUGGCCCGACACCCGUUUCUUCGCCUGUCCUGGAGAGCCAGGAGAGUGUAAUUCCCGUAGGCUCUGAUGAAAAGACAAUCACAGACUUGUUGGUAGGACUCGGGAUGGCUGUAGAGGAUCUGUAUGCUUCGGAAGUUCUGGAGGUGAGGUUGUGCUUUUGGUUGGUCUGCUGUUUGGUGAUCCUCUGGUUGUGCAUCAUCCUGGCCUGGAAGACCUAUGGACGUGAGAUCAUGACAGUGCUUGCCGGACAGGACAAGCUGAACAGGAGUGGCUCCAUAUCAAGAGAAUCUAGCAGACAGAAUUCAGCCGAAGAUGCAUCGAUAGUGACCGAACCCCCGGUGAGCAAGAGCGAGAGAUGGCCAGAACAUGGAAAACCCCUGGAAUCUUCAGUCUCUGCCCCUCACCAUCCAAAAACAGAUUGAGACCUGGGACCUGGUAACACAAAGCUUAGCAAUCAUCAUAGAACUUUUUUUAUGAUUGAUUGCAUCAAAUACAAUGUACACUUAAUUGUGAAAAUCAAGCUUACAAUUAAUCGCCAACCUUUGUGUUACGGGACCUUGACUGAGAAAUCUAAACCAAAAUUUUCUCCAAGGGCGUGAGAUGGUAGGGGCACAUGAACACAUGAAAAACAGUGAAUGAUUGGCUUUGGCUCAUCGAUAUCCCAAAAAGGUUUAGACCUUAUUGGGGAAUUUCAAAUAAAAAUUCUUCAAGAGCGGGAAAUGGUAGGGGCAUGUGAGAGAGAUUGAAUCAUUGGCCAUGGAUCAUCGAUAUCCAAAAACAGACUGAGACCAGAUUGAGAAAUUGAAAACUAAAUUUCUUCAAGGGCGUGAGAUGGUAGGGGAAUGUGAAAGACAGUGAAUCAUUGGCCUUGAUUCAUCGAUAUCCCCCCAAAAAAGAUUGAGACCUUAUUGGGAAAUUUCAAAUAAAAAUUCUUCAAGAGCGGGAAAUGGUAGGGGCGUGUGAGAGAUAUUGGAUCAACGAUAUCCAAAAACAGAUUGAGUCCGGAUUGAGAAAUUUAAAACAAAAAUUCCUCAAGAGCGUGAGAUUGAAUCAUCGGAUUGGAUCAUAUAUAUAAAAGAAAUUAAAAAAUGAAAAUUCUUCAAGAGCGGGAAAUGGCAGGGGCCCGUGAGAGAGAUUGAAUCAUUGGCCUUGGAUCUUCGAUACCAAAAAACAGAUUGAGACCUUAUUGGGAAAGGCAUGUGAGAGAGAUUGAAUCAUCGGCCUUGAUUCAUCGAUUUAAAAAAAAAGAUCGAGACCUUAUUAGGAAAUUUCAAAUAAAAAUUCUUUAAGAGGGAGAGAUGGCAGGGGCAUAUUAAAGAGAUUGAAGCCCCAUUUUAUUAUUGUUUGGAAAGUCAAAAUUUUAUUGAUUCAAUCUUUUCACCCAGUUAUACAAAAAUAAGAAUGAAAAUGUUUUGCAUUAUUUUGCAACAGUAAUAAUAUCACAACACCGCCCAGUACGUCAUCGGGCUUGGAUUCAGCAUGCUUUAUCUCAAUUUGAUUUAAGAAUUGAAUUAUUUUUAUUAUAUGAAAGUGAGAUAUUGAGACCAAAACUACUUGGUACUGAAUUUACUAUCAGCAUGGGAACUUGAUCAUAGAAAAAAAAACACUCUGGGUGGAUGCAAAAAAAGUGUUACAAGUUGGAUAGUUUGAUGAUUUAUACUUUUGAAAAAUUAUUCGGAAAGGGACCAAAUAGAUCCUUACCAAAUAAGUGUUGAGUCACUGUUCAAUGUACAGAUAUCAUAUUAGUCUUGUUUUUUUUUCAAUCCCAAAUCUUCACAGAGUUGAAAUUAUGGAUAGAAAAUGAACUGUAUGAAAAGAAUCUGCAAUAAUGCCUGCUUGAUCUUGAAAUGUAAUACCAGUGUACAACUUGUUUCACCCUUCCCAAUCACUUUCAAGGAUGUGAUCAAGGGGAAAAGAUGUUUUAAAAAAAAUAAUCAAUUUUGCAAAUAAAGAAUGCUUAAAGGUAUUUUUUGUUGGAAAGAUGAAAAGAUUGUUAGCUUUUAAAAGUUCUUUUUAUGAUAUGUAAGAAGAAUAUAUGGAAUCUUCAUGUGAUCCAUAUUCUGUUAACAUAAAUAUUUUUGUCAAUAAUCACUAGGAAAGUAUAUUAUUGUUUUUCAUAUUGGGGUGAAGGUAAAUUGUUUAUUAUGAAAUAUACUCGGCUGGAAUUCUAACACUGCUGGGUCAUAGUCCACAGCUCAUUACGUAUGGGAGUUGGUUUUCAUGCAAUAAUUUGAGCAAGUAUAUUUCUAUUAACUGGACAGGUUUUCAUUAUUUUUAUCUAAGUUCGGUAGAACACGUCACGUCACGCAGUUUAAAAAUCCAAGAGUGUUGGUAAAAGAUCAAAGGUCAGAGAUCAUUAUAUAUGUAUAAAUUAGGUUUCCAUGGCAUAACCCGAGUAAAAUUAGAUUUCCAUAAUUGCUUGAGUAAAGGUAGAACAUAAUUAGCUAGAGGUCAAGUUUCAAAUCCAAGAAGACACAUAAUAUUUCAAAGGUCAGAUGUUUUUACAUGCUAAAUUGGUUUUCAGGUGAUAGCACCAAGAGGAGCUCCAGGGGACGUCACAUGUCCUAUAGAUUCAUAAAGUGUCUAUUUUUUUCAUAUUUAAGAAAAAAUGCUGACAGAAAGUCACAGAGUCCACUUAGAGAACAAUUGUCAGUUUUAAAUGACAAAUCCACCUAAGUAAUAAAUCAAUUUGAAGUUCAGUUGAAGCAUUUUUAAAAAUUGCGCAUGCAUGUACACAUAGUUUCAUAAAACAGUGAUGUACAUAACACAGGCACUAUGCAAAUGAGGUAGUCACUGAUGUCACAAUCUCUCUCCCUUAAUUGUUCAUAUCAAGAAACAUGAAAACUGUCGUACACUGUAUGGAAAGCUACUUCAUUAUCAUCUAUAGAAAUUGGAAUAUCACACAAGUAAGUGGAUUAGGAGUGUGUGACACAAGAUUUCUAUGACCAGGGGUCUGUUGCAGAAAGAGUUGCAUAUAAACGCAAGUCAAAAAAUCAAUCGCAAGUCCCAGAUGCACGCUGUUGAUUGGUUGAAGUUGCGCAUGAUUUUUAGAGUUGCAAUUGAUUGCAACUCUUUCUGCAACGGGCCACUGAUUUGAAUAAUGGAUGAUCAUUAAUAAUUGACCUUGCAGCUGAAUUCAUAUCGUUGCUAUUUUGGGCAUUCUGAAAUAUUGAAUUCCUCUAGUACUUGGGUUUUGAAACUUUACAUAAUCUUGU